UGUGCGUAUCAGGAAAUCUGCCCUUAGAUUAUGCCAAGGCGCACUGCUCGAACUCUUUCGACCCCUGGUAGUACAGUAUAUCGAAAAAGACACCGCUACGGGCAUUAUUGUAUAUAGUAAUAAUAUAGUCAGGUGAGAGAGCAAGAGUGCAGUGGAUCAGCCCUAUCUAAGCCGAUGGAUAAGAUCGUCGCGAUGACCAUUUUGCUGUCCCUGCGAUGCUCUCUACUCUGCUGCAAGGUUGUGACACUGUCGAAUCAUCAUCGAGGUCCCGAAAACGCUGACAGUCAUCUCUUACGUGUUGACUUUGCAGUCCAGUUGUCCAGAGGACAGCUAUCUAGGUACGCUUUGUACUGUACAUACAUCCAUUUAACAGCCUACUUCCCGAAACGGAAUGGAGGGCCACCAUUGACAAUCGAUGCGAUGCCUGAAUCCCUGGUCAGGCUCGAAAGUGGCUUUGUCCAAUGACAAUGCUGAAUAGUCAGCGGAAACGACGUCUUGUUCGUAUUCUGCAUGUGCUUGAGAGUCCCCAUUUCUCUUUAUUAUUAUUUUUUUUUGUUCUUGCGUUUUAUCGAGUAUUAUU